UCACACAGACACAUGCACCCCAUCAAUACGAGCUAGUAUACACAUGCACAGUAGGCGGUAUACGCAGAAGAAGUUAAGAGACCAGAAGUUGCGUGGAUUUGGACAUGGGUCUGUUCCUCCAUCCCUACAGUCUGCUGGCUGUUCUGUUCCUCAGCCCAGCAGCCUCAGCCCAAAGUGGCAUGAAUCAGACCGACCGUACAGACAUCCUGAAGGGUGGGUCCACAACAGCCACUGUGUCUGGGACCUAUUCUGUGGCUUCAACUACACCAUCACCAGACAGUGCUACUUCUCUGGGUCAGGUUAUAAGCACAACAACAGCCUCUCAAAGGACUGGUCUGACACCAUCUCAAACCUCCACCCUCUCUGUGUUAGGGACCGGUCUAAUCACAGAAACUUCCAGAGUGGCAGCUUUUUAUUACUCAUCAACCUCGCUAGGAAGCACCAGCAGUGUAAGUUCCACAUCGCAGGCGACAACAUCUCAGACACCUACACCCUCGCCGGAGAAACCCGCCACCACCUCCCACACCUCAGCCCCAGCGCAAGGGUCGCCAGCUGCACCAGCAGAGUGUUGCCCACCCACUGUCACCUCCCCUGAUGGAGCGCCGCACACGCAGACGGAUGUGCAGCCCACACAGUCCCACAACAACAACCUAACCAUGGUGGCCUUCGGCAUGAUGAGCUUCAUCCUGAUACUAAUUGUAAUCACGGUGAUUUUAGUUACGGCCGUCAACCUCAAAGGGCGAUGCAGCACCCCCAAGGAUGAUGGUAAAAAGAACAGCGAUUCCAUGGUGUCUGAAAGCAACACCACAACCAAUGGAGAAAAAGAGAGCAUCACUUUAGUCUCUAUAAAGACAAUCAACGCUGAAACAGACUUCGAUCGGGUCUCUUCUGUUCCCAGUACAACGUUGGAUGUCGAGAAUCAAACACUGAGGCAAGACCUACUGAACACCAAGCUGGUGUGAGGAGAAAGAAUGUCAUUGCGCCAUUCCAGUACUGAAAUGUGAAAACACGGACAAUGCGGACAUCAAGUUUAUGGUCCUCUUAAGCAUUGCUUGGUUAUUAGCCUUUUCAUGGUCACAUUAUAGUUUUUUUCUAUUUUAAACAAAAAAUGUAAUUGCUAUUUGUUGUAAUAAUUAUGUCAGGU